GAACGAAAUUGACGGGAGGUCUGACUGCUAGGGGAGGGGGGGUUCAAUAUCUUAGCAGUGAAGAGAUCUCGGGGUCUCGCACUGCGCCAUUCGGCUGAGGCACGCCUCGGUACGCAGCAGCUGCAGCCGGGAGAGGCCUUACCUCUGCCGCUCUUGCUCAGGCCUCCAGUGUCGCUGCCGCCUCCGCGGCUUCAGCCCAGCCCCACCCCGCCCUGCACUCCUGCUGCCUUCGCCGCUGCCCCGACCUCCACCGCCGCCACCCAAGCAUCCGUGAGUCAUUUUCGGCCCAUCUCUGUGCGCGCGGUAGUCACCACCCUAAGCCGUUUGCAGGCUUGCAGAAUGGCAGAAGCGGAUCCUAACAGGGUCUCGGGAGCUGCGGCCCAGGGGGUGGAUGAAGAGAUGGUGGCUAGCUCGUCUAGCGAUUCUGGGGAAGAAUCUGACAGCAGCAGCAGCAGCAGCAGCAGCUCUAGCAGCAGCACUAGUUGCAGCAGCAGCAGUAGCAGCAGCAGCAGCAAUAGCCGCAGCCGUUUCUAUAGAAAGAAGAGGGUACCUGGGCCUUCCAGAAGGGCGCGGCGGGCUCCGUCAGGUAGGAGUUUCGUGGAUCAGCUGCCUCGGGCAGUUAGAAAUCGUGUGCAGGCGCUCAGAAAUAUUCAAGAUGAAUGUGACAAGGUAGACGCCCUGUUCUUAAAGGCAAUUCACGAGCUCGAAAGAAAAUAUGCCGAACUCAAUAGGCCUCUGUAUGAUCGGCGAUUCCAAAUCAUCAAUGCAGAAUAUGAGCCCACGGAGGAAGAAUGUGAAUGGAAUUCGGAGGAUGAGGUGUUUAGCAGUGAUGAGGAAGUGCAGGAAGAGGGCCCUAGUGAAAUGCCUGCCUUAGAGGGUGAGGAAGAAGAGGACCCAAAACCAAAACCUGAGGUCAAGGCUGAAGAAAAUGCAGCCCCUAAAGAAAAUCCCGAGGCAAAGGCUGAAGAAAGAGCAGAGUCUAAAGAUGCUCUGGAGGCCAAGCCUGAAGUAAAGGAAGAUCCAAAAGAAGCCCCCCAAGCAAAGGCAGAAGAUAGAGAGCAGCCUAAAGCAACAGAGGCGACUAAGGCCAGGGUUGCUGUAAAAGAAGCUCCUAAAAGAAUUCCUGAGGUCAGGCCUAAAGAAAGGGCUCUGAAAAGAGCUCGCAAAGGAAAGCCUAAAAGAGAAGAUCCUAAAGGCAUUCCCGACUAUUGGCUGACUGUCUUAAAGAAUGUUGACAAGCUGGGACCCAUGAUUCAAAAGUAUGAUGAGCCCAUUCUGAAGUUCCUGUCAGAUGUUAGCCUGAAGUUCUCAAAACCUGGCCGGCCUAUAAGUUACACAUUUGAGUUUUGCUUCCUACCCAAUCCAUACUUCAAAAAUGAGGUGCUGACCAAGACAUAUAUAAUAAAGUCAAAGCCAGAUCACAAUGAUCCCUUCUUCUCCUGGGGCUGGGAAAUCCAAGAUUGCAAAGGCUGUAAGAUAGAUUGGAGAAGAGGAAAGGAUGUUACAGUCACAACCACCCGGAGUCGCACAACUGCCACUGGUGAAGUUGCAACCCAGCCAAGAGUGGUUCCUAAUGCAUCAUUCUUCAAUUUCUUUAGCCCUCCUGAGAUUCCUACCAUAGGGAAGCUUGAACCCAGAGAAGAUGCCAUCCUUGAUGAGGACUUUGAAAUUGGUCAAAUUUUACAUGAUAAUGUCAUCCUGAAAUCUAUCUAUUACUACACAGGAGAAGUCAAAGAUACCUAUGAUGUUGGUAAAGAUUAUGGAAACAGGAAAUAUCGAAAAUAAAAAAGAGGCUGCCUGAAAGAAUUUUCGAGAGUCUCAAAUUUCAAGCAAAAGUGAAGCAGGUUUAUAUAGCCUUGAAAAAAAAAACUGCCAUAUAACCUCAACACUAGAAUUCCUCACAGUCUUGUGUUGUCAUAUUUUCUUGGUAGCCUAAAAUAUUGUCCUAAAGUGUCUAAGUAUCAGUUUAUUCUAUCUAGUCUGUUGUAGUAUAAUAUUCUUCAAAAUAUGUAAACUGCUGUCAAUUAUCUAAAGCAUGUUAGUUUGGUGCUACAGAGUUUUGAUUUCUGUGAAGUACUUUUGUUAUGUUCCUCUUAGAAUGUGGCUGUGAAAACUGUCAGAAUUGUUAACUGAGACAAAUACUUGCUUGAAAAAAACAAAUUCCUGGCGUAUCAAUGCAAGUUUUUUUUUUUUUUUUCAGCCCAGAUGGCUAAGGGUUUAAAUCUGUUUGUACUAGCUAUGCCUUCAUUACUCUGCUAUAGAAAUACAGUAUUAAACUAACUAGAACAAUGCAUUGUGAAAUUUGACUGCUUGAAAAAAAUAGCAUACAUUUAAUAAUGUCCAUCAAAACCAUAUAUGAUAUGACUGACCUUGUUAAUGUGACAUAGUGCUUUAUAAAUUUAAGCAUAAUGAAGUUAUUGUUUACCACUGAGGUGUUAAUAUGACAGUAUUUAAAACAAAGUUUGCUCAUCUUAUCCUGUGUAACUGUAAACUGAAGGUACUAACCACAUUUUCUUUGUAAUAUGUUCUACUUUGCCUUCCGCUGGAAAGAAUCACCUUACAUCAUUUGGUAUUUUUUUCCAUGUUCUUCUGUUCCGACAUAAAAUAACAUAAAUAAACAUCAAAUAAAGUGUAUCAUGCUAUAAAAAUCUA